AUGUCUGCUUCAAGUGCACUCUCUGGUUCGGGCACAAUUGCUAGUUAUGCUAAGAAAAUUAACCCAACGAAGCGACCAGAUGUCGAGAUCCAUCUAGAUGAUCAUCAUGAUGGAAAGACCUAUACAACAUUUGAUGCUUUGUCAGGCAAUGCCUCAAUCACAGCUCCUCAUGAUGCACAAUUCGAUGAGAUCCAAAUCACACUCGAAGGCGUUACUCGAACAUAUGUCGAAAACAUAUCUCAGUCCAGCGCAACAUCUAGAACAACAGCCAUUCACAGAUUUCUGAAACUCAUCAUGCCAAUUCGAGAAGCCGCAUAUCCUCAACCACGAAUUGCUGAAGCCGGCAAAACAUAUAUCUUUCCUUUCAACUUUGUCAUCCCAGAACAACUCCUUCCAACUUCUUGCGCACAUCCUUGUGAUGCUGAUCAUGUCCAGAUGGCACAUCUGCAAUUACCUCCUAGCAUGGGCGAUCGCGAAGCAUCGAUACUAGAUGAUUUGUCCCCAGAGAUGAGCAAAGUUAUAUACUCAGUCAACGCCAAGGUAAUCAAACACACCGAGAUUUCAAGGAAGCCGAUUUCUGUCGUCGAGGGUUCAAAGAAACUUCAAAUAAUACCAAUGGUGGCGGAAGCACCUCCUAUGAGUAUUUCAGCGAAUGAAAAGAAUGAUUACCUGCUAUCGAAGACAAAGUCUCUUAGGAAAGGCAUGUUUUCUGGGAAAUUAGGAAAGAUAACUGUGUCGGCUGAUCAAACUGGAGCGAUUAUUCUCCCAUCUCCUGGAAGUUCCUCGGUGGCCACAACAAUGGCAACUGUCAAGCUACAUUUUGAACCACACAAUUCUAGCUCACAACCUCCCCGUCUUGGUGGUCUCGUUACAAAAAUUAAAGUAUCAAGUUUCUACGGCACCAAGCCGGCAAAAUCCUUUCCCUGCAGAUCGAGCAUGACAUUAAACAUUGAACCUGCCCGACAAGUUUAUCAGACGUCAGUUCCUCUCUCAUCGAGGUGUGUUGAGCAAGUCUCGUGGGUGAAGCACUUGCCACAACCAGAUUUAUCCCGACGAGCUUCUACCGUAUCAUCAAGUUCGUCUGAUUACUCAGACAACUCACAAAUGUCACUAAAGGGAAAAGAAAAGAUCUAUUAUACAGCCGAUAUUCUAGUCCCAAUUUCACUACCUUCAUCGAAGACUUGGGUGCCCUCAUUCCAUUCAUGUAUCACCUCGCGAUCCUAUUCCCUUGAUCUUGCCUUGACCAUCCAUACUCCGGGGGCAGGCGUUCCAUCCUCCUCGGUCAAACUUUGUCUUCCAAUACAAAUAGCAUCUCAAGGUAGCCGAACCGCACCAGCCGUUCUUACUGCUGCAGAAGCUGCUGCUGAGCUAGCUAAUGUAAAUGAAUAUCUGAUGCCAAGAAUCAUUGAAAUACCAAGGGAGGACUUGGUUGAGAACAGUUUUUUGCAAUCUAGCUUUACUGUUCCACGAUCAGAGUUGCCUCCGAGCUAUGAGCACACUGAGCACACUGAGCAAGCAAGCAGACAAGUUGAUCCAUCGAGGUGCUAA